AUGGGGUUAUCUUCCUCCCCCUCGUCAGCCUUUACAGGCGUCGUCAUCGGCCUCGUAUCCUCAUUUGGCUCCAUCGUCCUUAUCGCCCUCGUCAUCUUCAUAUUCUGGGUUUCGGGCUGCGCAAGCACCGGUCGUAUCAUACUCGAUCGCCUCGGUCGACCCGGCGAGUAUGAUGAUGAGCAAGCAUUCGCGCGUGACGAGGCUGAGGCCCUCGAGGUCAUGGAUGACAUGGCCCGCCAGGAAUAUCUACGAGCAAAGGCCUGGGUCACUGCCAACACUCCAGAGUCUGCGCAGACAGACAUCUCGUUAUCGCAAUAUCUCGCCAUCCAGGAAAAGGGCGUCUCCGCCUGGGAGUUUGAACCCGAGCUCGAGAUCGCCAACUGCUUUGUCGAGGCCCGCACCGAGAUUGAGUUUUUUGAUUCGGAAUGCACCGUCAUGAGCAAUCUCCCCGUUCCCAAGCAAAACGACGUCUACUACUGGGAGGCCAAGAUAUACGAGAAGCCCGAGACCACCCUCCUCAGCAUCGGCAUGGCCACCAAGCCUUAUCCUCUCUUCCGGUUACCUGGAUACCACAAGUACUCGGUUGGGUACCAGUCUACCGGAACCCGUCGCUACAACCAGCCCUUUGGCGCAACUCCCUACGGCCCCCAGCUGGUGCAGGGCGACGUCGUCGGUGUCGGCUACCGUCCUCGAACAGGUGCUAUUUUCUUCACUCGCAACGGCAAGAAGCUCGAGGAGGUGGUUCAUGGUCUCAAGUCGCAGAACUUCUUUCCCGCUAUUGGCGCCAACGGUCCUGCUAUGAUUCACGUCAACUUUGGUCAAGCCGGUUUCGUCUUUAUCGAGGCCAAUGUCAAGAAAUGGGGUCUGGCUCCCGCAACUGGUAGCCUCGCGCCGCCGCCGCCGUACGGAUCUGAGCAGGGUAGUAUUCUGUUGGAAACGGGCACCGACAGCGGCGCCACAUAUCCUCAAGGUCGACAACAUAGUCACUCGGUCACAGCAUGCUCCUAUAAUGCACGCCCUCCGACCAGCAACCUGAACCCCCAGCACGGGAGAACACGAAGUGGCAACUUCCGCGUUCUGCCCCCGACGAGCCCCGGACCAGGCAGGAGUUCAACCGAUAUCUCACUGGCGCACUUUGUACCCAACGAAGAGAACGGCGAAGGCAGCAACGCCGGACCUCAGCACGAGACCCACGAUCACAACCCCCUACACCUACAUCUUGAAGACGCAACGAACCCCCCACCCGAAUAUCAGAGCCCCGACCAUUCCGGCAGUGAAGAUGGUCGCCGAUACAGCACAGACAGCGAGGAGAACACUCCUUUGAUCCGAGUUAUGAACCGAAGCAGGGGCAACUCUGCUGCCACUGUGAUUCCCCCACGGCAACAUGCUAAUGACCGAAAUCCGCCGGUUCCGAGCUACAGCGAUGCCGUACGACAAGGUGCUGGCCGUGACAGAAGCGAUAGCGCGCGGUUACCCCAGCGAGAUCGACCGUCAUCCAACAGGCCUCGAAGCAGUACGUCUGCUUGA